AUGUGCUGCAUCUGCACGCGAGCCUGCAUAUGCGGGUUGGCGCUGUACGACCUGGUCUACUUCGUUUGCCUCAUCAUCCUCUGGCCGUUCACGCUCAUCGUGAGCCUGGUGGGCUGCAUCGUGUGGCUCGUCAUGUGGCCCUGCGCGUCGUGCUGCGCCGACCGGCGGAAGAAGGUCAAGAAGAAGAUGAUCAAGAUGCCCAAGAAAUGGGGCAAGAAGAUCAAGAAGAGGGGCAAGAAGUCGCGGAAGAGCUCCCGCAAGAGCAUCAGCAUCAGCCCCGUCUGA